UUUGUGUCCCGCGCGACGAGCAACGUUAGCCCCGAAUUAGCUUCAUUAGCUGCGUCUCCGGCUAAUGUUUCCCUUUUCCCCUGCACGCACACCCUCGUCCCUUCCUUUUAAUCCUCCCGCCUCCAGGCAGAGAAGAACUGUGUUGAGCGAUGGCGACCCGCCUCCCCUUUCACGCACAGCUCUCCUCCAUCAUGGAGACGAUGGCGCGGUCCACUCUGCUCCAGGUCUGCAAACUGGUGGACGAGGACUCGACCGAGCUGCAGCUGGAGCUGUCCCGGCUGCUGCUGGCCAACUCGGCGCUGAAGGAAAAAGUGAGCAGCCUGGAGUGCGAGCUGAUGAUCGUGACGAGCGACGCCCCCAAGAUGUGCAAAAGUUAUCGCAGCGUCGGUGUGCAGACUGCCCGCUGCAGAGACGGAGACGCCCACGUGUCCGAACCUCCAACCAUAGAGGGGAUCUUUGGGAAUGAUUGGUGCGUGAAUCUGUGGAAAGACAGAGACCCGUACAGCGUGGAGAGACGCACUGACUCCCCCCUGCGCCCUCCUAAUAAAUCCGCAGCAGCAACACUGUCAGCCCAUUUCACUGUGACUGAGUUUAAAGAAGAAGAUUUCAUGGAGGAUUUUGCCAGUGGCUGCCAGCAGGAAACACCUCAGCAACAUGUACAACAUGAAGACAUCAUGGCUGAGGAACAGGAGCCGCUGUCAGUUGGCUACUUGAUCGAUGGCAGCACCUGCAGCCUGUCAUUUGAUCAGGAUGGGGAACAGCUGGUGUCUGCAGGUGGUCUUGAGGAAACGUCUGUGCAGUUGGUAUCCAUCAGUGACACAGAGGAGGCCUUCAGCGCUCAUAUCAUUCCAAUCGAUGACGAUGACGAGGAGGAGGAUGAUGAUGAUGUACAGUUUGUUCAGGAAAGUCAGCAGGAGACGACAAUAAACCCUGCUGGAGAGCCCAACCAUGACGACCAGCAAAUAUCACAGACUGACAACACUGAAAACUGUUCUGCUUUGGACAAAGGCUCACAAAGAGACUUUCACAUAGAAGAUGAUCAAUCUUCAGCGAAGACAAACACGCACAAAUUCACAUGUCAGAUAUGUCGCAGGUCGUUCUUUCACAAGGGCACUCUGACACGCCACAUGAAGUCGCACAGGUCAAACUUUUGCAGUAUUUGCAAGCAGUACUUUCCUCACCGGGGCAAGCUGAACUCGCACAGCUGCGUCCCUCCGGUCCCGUCCCAGAGGAUCAGCAAGUCGUGCGAACUGUGCGGGAAGAUCUUCGCCAACCCGUCGGCCCUGAGGAUCCACUACGUCGUCCACACGGGAGAAAAACCCUACACCUGCAGCCUGUGCGGCAAAGGCUUCACCCAGAAGGGCAACCUGAAGUGCCACCUUCGCAUCCACACCGGCGAAAGACCGUUCCACUGUGGGAAGUGUGGGAAGACCUUCACGCAGAAGGUCAACCUGAACCAUCACCUAAUGGCGCACAGAAAUCGAGAGUUUGUGGGAGAUGGACUUCCAGCGAUGGACGGUCGUGCAUGAUCAGCGCCUUGAUUUUUCAGAAUGUGUCUUGUACUUCUUGUCACUUUGUAAAGAGACGCCAUCUGUGGUUUACACAUCCUGUGUGGGACAAAACAUUUUUCUUGUGUUUUCAUUUUUAACAGUCGAUGGUUUGUCUUUACAAUAAAACACACGAAUGUCAAUUUUCAGAUUUUAACUUUAUUUGAUAAAACCUAAGGUAUGAAACCUUUUACAUUGUUUUUAUUUAAACAGGACAACAAUCUAAACAACCUGACAGGGGUUCGUGAAAGGCAUGCA